AUGUGCAGCAGGCCACUUGGGUGGCUUUCAACAUUGACAAAGUUAGACUCUGUUGUGUUUGCUCUUCGUGGCGUUCUUACCUUCCAAAACUAUCAAACCACUCAGUCGGUCCGUGGUUGUUGCUAUCUAAUAAUCUUGGAAGCAAGACGUGGAUUCUGGAACCCACUGGAGAAGAAUGUCUACAGACUAGAUUUGCCUGAGGCUGGAGAUCAGAUAGCUUUUAAGGGAUCAGACCAUGGCUGGGUUGUGAUUCAUGACAAUAAGGAUGCAAUAAAUGCACUAAAUCCACUUACAGGAGCCAGAGUUUGGCUUCCUCCAAGGUCCAAGUUUCCUGAUAUAAGAGAGUAUAAUGCUCAUAAUCAAGACAAUGAGUAUCAAAUUUGGGAGGGCAUUCUCGCAGGAUAUAGUUUCACUGAAUAUUAUUCAUUGGGUGCAAGUCAUGUCAGGAACGGUCUCCUACAAAAAGUUGUAUUUUCUUCGAGUCCUGCUUGCAGUGAUUUUGUGGCAGUGGCUAUCUUUGGUGAAAUUGCAAAACUAGCCUACUAUAGAUGGGGAGACGACAAGUGGUCAUUUCUUGAUGAAGACGUCUUUCUUAUGGAAGAUCUUUUAUUUCAUGGAGGCUAG